AUGCACAAUAUUGUAAUUAGUUUUGGAAAUAUAAAGAAAUUUUUCAAUUUAAAUUUUACGCAACUCUAAUGUUUUAUUUUUACUAUAUACCUUUCAAUUAUUAUAAGUAAUGUGCAACAAGAUACUUUUUAUAUUUUGAAAAAUUUAGAACUAUAACAUAUUCAUUAUUUACAUUACAUAAUGGAAAUUUAUAUAGUUAAUCAAUAAAUCUUAUUUAAUAUUAUCAUUAGAAAACUUUACUCAUAUGGGUUGUCAUAUUAGGAAAUAACAAAAGGAAAUAAUCCUAGUUCCAGAUAUCAAAAACAUAGAAUAUAUAUAUCAAUUGAAAACUUAAGGACCAAGAAAAAUGUUAAUCUACUAAUGGGGGGAAAUUAAUUUAUAAUCAAUAGGUAUGUCCUUGAAAGUAUAAGUUAGUUAAUAGUACCAUUAUGAGAAGAAGAAGUACUACUUAAACAAAUCCUAGUAAUAGCUGAAGAGGUUCCAUAACUUAUCUAUGAGUUUAUACUUAUGUUAUAUUAUUUGGAAUUAUAUGUAUUCAUUCCUCAAUCUAAAAAAGACUCUUAAACAAAAAAAUUUCGAUAAAAAUUUCUUCAUUAACCUGUUUAGAACCACUAAAUUAUAAAUUAAUGAGUGGGAAUAUAAUAUAAUUAGUAUGAGUUAUGAAUAAUUAGAAUAUUUAAAUGUAUUAUAUUAGUAAAUAGCUUUUUAUUAUCCAAAAGAGUAAAUUUCGUAUGAUGAUAAUUUGUAAUUAUUAUAAACAUACAGAUGUAAUAAUCACCUUUACAAAAGAAUAAUGUUGAAAUAAAUAAGAGAUGAUUACAGAUAUUAAAGUAUAAAACACUUUAAAGGGAAGAACAAAAAAGGGAAGAUUUUACUUAUUUUGAAUGUGUAAAAAAGGUAAUUUUGUAAAAUAAAGUUAUCAUUAUAAUCGAAAUCUUACGAUAAAUAUUUAUAAAGAAGAGAAAGCCGCUAUAAAUGA